UAAACCCACCCACUAAUCUCUCACUCUCUCUCUCUCUCCUCGCACCUACUCUACUGCUCCAUCUCUACUGCACCGUCUCCAUCCUCUUCCAUUCUCUCCCUCAUGGCGGGCUCGCCUCCUGAUCAGGUCGUCUACCUCCACGGCGACCUCGACCUCCGCAUCAUCUCCGCCUCCAACCUCCCCAACAUGGACCUCGUCUCCGAGCGCCUCCGCCUCUGCUUCUCCGUCUGCGCCACGCCUCCCGCCAACUCCGCCGACCCUCCCCGCCCCCGCCGAGACUCCGGCGGCGGCGGCGACCGCGACGCCCACCGCCACGGGAGGAUCAUCACCUCCGACCCCUACGUCACCGUCCGCGUUCCCCAGGCCACCAUCGCCCGCACUAGCGUCAUCCGCAACUCGCAGAACCCUAUGUGGGACCAGCGGUUCGGCGUCGCCCUGGCUCACCCCGUCGUCGACUUGGAGUUCUGCGUCAAGGACGACGACAUCUUCGGCGCCCAGCUGAUCGGCACUGUUAAGAUUUCCGCGCGGGAAAUCGCGGACGGCGAGUUCAUCUCCGGUUCCUUCCCGCUGAUUGGACCUUCCGGGGAGCCGCCGAAGCCGGAUACCACCCUCCAGCUCGAGCUGAAGUUCACGCCCGUGGAGAAGAACCCGGUGUACCGGUUCGGCAUUGCUGGAGAUUCGACGCAUCAGGGAGUGAGGCACACUUAUUUCCCCUUGAGAAAAGGGAGUGGCGUCACGCUGUAUCAGGACGCUCACGUGGCCCAUGGGUUGUUGCCCGAUAUUGAGUUGGAUAGCGAUGCUGGAGGCGUUUAUAGGCAGGAGAAGUGUUGGGAGGAUAUUUGUCACGCCAUAUGUGAGGCUCACCAUUUGAUAUACAUUGUUGGUUGGUCGGUUUAUCAUAAAAUUAAGCUCAGUAGAGAGCCUACCAGGCCAGUGCCGCGAGGUGGGCACUUGACGCUCGGUGAAUUGCUCAAGUAUAAGUCAGAAGAGGGAGUGCGCGUUUUGUUGUUGAUUUGGGAUGAUAAGACUUCACACAAGAAGUAUUUUAUUAACACGGCAGGCGUGAUGCAGACACAUGAUGAAGAAACUCGAAAGUUUUUUAAGCAUUCAUCGGUGAACUGCGUGCUGGCCCCGCGUUAUGCUAGCAGUAAGCUUGGCUAUAUAAAACAGCAGGUUGUUGGAACCAUGUUCACACACCAUCAAAAAUGCGUCCUGGUGGACACACAGGCGGGGGGCAAUUACCGAAAAAUAACUGCAUUCAUAGGUGGACUUGAUCUCUGUGAUGGUCGAUAUGAUACACCUGAGCAUCGGCUAUUUCGUGAUCUUGACACUACUUUUAAGGAUGACUUUCACAAUCCUACAUUUCCUUCUGGAAUGAAAGCUCCAAGACAACCAUGGCAUGACUUGCACUGCCGGAUCGAAGGGCCUGCUGCAUAUGAUGUACUGAUAAACUUUGAGCAACGUUGGAGGAAAGCAACAAAAUGGAAAGAAUUCAGUCUCUUUGUCAAAGGAAAAAGCCAUUGGCAUGAUGAUUCCUUAAUAAAGUUAGGCCGUAUCUCUUGGAUUCUGAGUCCUACAUCGACUGAGUCACAUGUUAUCACCUCAUCUCUUUCAAAGGAUGACCCGGAUGAGGAUAUUACGGAUGUGCCUGAGGACAAUUCCGAUCUCUUUGUCUCUAAAGAAGAUGAUCCUAGUACCUGGCAUGUUCAGAUUUUCCGGUCUAUUGACUCUGGAUCAGUCAAAGGAUUUCCCACAAAAAGGAAAGAUAUUGCUGAAAAGCAGAAUCUUAUAGUUACAAAAGAUGUAAUUGUGGACAGAAGCAUUCAGACAGCUUACAUUCAGGCAAUCAGAUCUGCUCAACAUUUUGUGUAUAUUGAAAAUCAGUAUUUUCUGGGAUCAUCGUAUGCAUGGCCAUCGUAUAAGGAUGCAGGAGCUGAUAACCUCAUUCCAAUGGAAUUGGCCUUGAAGAUUGCUAGCAAAAUCAGAGCUAAUGAGAGAUUUGCUGUAUAUAUUGUCAUACCGAUGUGGCCUGAAGGUGAUCCCAAGUCAGCUGCAGUUCAAGAGAUUCUCUUUUGGCAGAACCAGACCAUGCAAAUGAUGUAUCAAGUUGUUGCACGUGAAUUGAAGCAAAUGCAGCUCAAAGAUUCUCAUCCUCAGGAGUACCUUAAUUUUUACUGCCUUGGUAACAGGGAAGAGAAUUCUGGCCAGCCUCCUCCAGACAAUGCGGUCUCAGAAGCGUACAAGUCCCAGCGAUUUAUGAUAUAUGUUCAUGCUAAAGGAAUGGUCGUGGAUGAUGAGUACGUUUUAUUGGGAUCGGCAAAUAUUAACCAAAGAUCAUUGGCUGGUACCAAAGACACUGAGAUUGCCAUGGGUGCAUAUCAGCCCCAUCACACUUGGGCACUAAAGAAGAGGCAUCCACGUGGUCAGGUAUAUGGAUACAGAAUGUCCCUGUGGGCAGAGCAUCUUGGGGAAGUGGAAGGAUGCUUUAAUGAGCCUGGCAGUUUAGAAUGUGUCGAGAAGGUGAAAGAGAUAGCUGAAAAUAACUGGAACAACUACAAAGCUAAAGGUUCAUUGCAGGGCCACCUUCUCCAGUAUCCCGUACAGGUUGACCAAGAGGGGAAUGUUGGGCCAUUGCCAGGAUCCGAGGAGUUUCCUGAUGUUGGCGGUAAAGUUGUCGGCACUUAUUCCACCACACUCCCUGACGUUCUAACAACCUAGGUUCUGUCCUACUCCAUGUCCAUCCAGUCCUACGAGCUGCAAAGAUGUCUCCCCGGCUGUCGCUUCAUUCUCGAUGUGUACAAGUUGUAUAAUCUGUCUGAUUGUUUUUGAGCCGUGCUGUAGUUCGGAUUGUUCUUUCA